GACAUGCUACUGCUUUCUCACUCAAACGAACGACAGCUGUUUAGUGAUAGUUGUCUGUAAUCUAUGUGAUUUAUCAACACUUCAACAAAUUUGAUAAGAUUUUCUCAUAAUAUCAAAUUUUAACAAAGAUACGUCCUAAAUAAAAUUUUUGAAUACAAAAUCACCAUCAUGUCGACUCAUGUAUUCAACGUGGAAAUGACUUGUGAAGGGUGUUCAUCAGCAGUAGAGAGAGUGCUUAACAGACUGAAGGGUCAGGGUGUGGAAAGUGUUUCUAUAAGUCUACCAGAACAGAAAGUAGUGGUAAAAUCUACACUAAGUGGGGACCAACUAUUGGAUGUUAUUAAGAAAACAGGGAAAAAAACUACAUAUGUGGGUAUACAGUAGAAAUAUUAGCUAUAUGUGUAUAUAAAGUUGUGAUUUGAAAGUUAUAUGAAUACCUGACAGAUGAUUAACAUAAUUGUAUAACAUUUAACAACUUGUUGUAAGCAGCUAAUUUUACUGCAGUUUACAUUAUAUUUUUGUAAUAUUUUAUGAUUUUGGUUAAGUAUAUUAUAACAUUUAGAACAUAUGUGAUUAUUAUAUAUCGUACAACUAAUGAUUAUUAAUGACACAUGAAACUUACCAGCAGCGAGAUAUUGAAAGAGUGUCACACAUUAUUUCCUACUUAUAGAUAUUUUCAAUACAUAUAAAUAAAUCAAUAAUUUAUAUAAUCCAUGUUUAUGAUGAAAAAUAAUAAAAACAAUAUUAUUGAAAA